AUGGCGCACGGACUUUCUGUGGCUCAAGCGGCAGCUUUGAUCAACGCUGCCUUUACCAUUGCAAAGUUCAGCUUUCCUAUGCUGACAUCGAUAAUUGCCAUUAGGUCUUUGAAGAGUCAACCUAACGCAGCGACUUGGUCGGUCUUUGGCCGACUCAUCAACGAGUCGCUGUGGCCAAAAUUCCUAAGCACCGAUACGGCUUCACCGAGAAGGGUACAAAAACGGAUUACUGCACUGGCUGUAGCGUCGACGGCCGUCGCUUGGAUCCUCGCGGUAUCGGUUGCUAUCACGCCGCUUGGCUUGCACGAAACAACAAUACUCAAGCAAGAAGACAACGCACUUUUCGUACAUGCCGUGGACGAGUCUGCGAUUAAUCAGGCCACCAGGUCCAGAGCAGCAUACAUGGCUAACAGAAGAUGCGGUUCUUUGCUUGCAGUAUCAUGCCCCGGUAACACCGACAAUCACACGAUAACGGUUGGCAACCGGACUGUGUGGGCGGGUGUAGGGAAUCAAGAUCUCAUGUCGACUACCAUCGCCGACAACAUCACCGACGCGUUUUCAGCCGCGACUCGAGCCGGCGGAUCGACCAUCGCCGGCGUUUUCGAUAUUCAAUGGCGCUCUUACCUGAACUAUAACAACGCUACAAACCCUGGUAAUAGUGAGCCCUGGUUUGAUGAAGGACGGCCACGCACAACAGACUCCUUCAGGUUCUCGCAGAACUUCGCCACUCAAGAUCUCAUACAGCUUGUCAAUGGUCUCAUUGUUUCAACCCUGUCUGACGGAACGCGUGGGAUCGGAUUUCGCAACCACACCAUACCACUGGGCUCUGCGGAUCAGCUCGGUCAUCGUUGGGAGGAGCAUAUCCUCUGGCUUGCACCUGAGACCCAUUGCACCAAUCUAAACCUUUCAUACGAUGUGUCAAUACCGGGACCAAAUAGCUCCCGUCUCGAUAGGCAAAGAAUGCGUGUGACGGAUCACGGCGGACUCUUUGAUCGAGACGAAAAUUAUCGAAUUCUCACCUUGAACGAUACCCAAGAUGACCCGAAACUUCAAGGCAGGUCUUGGAAUGCUGCAGUCUAUACGAACAGGCUCCUCAAGAGCUUGCUGAACGAAGGCUAUAAUGAGGAUCACGAGCAUGAACCGAAAGAAUACCCUCUUGACAAGUAUACACCGUCCGAACUAUCGUCCGAUCAGCGCGAGCUGCGACAGAUCUCGUUAAGUCGGUUCGGCGAAUUCUCCAAGUAUUACGGACCUGCGCCAAACUUGCCACUCGAUAUGAGCAUGCUAAAUUCUAGAACUCCCGCGAACAAAUCCUGGACCGAAUCUUGGGCAAAUAUAUCUAGCUCGCUGAAGAACAUUGAGAGCAUUGAUUCGCAUGUGCUAGGUUGGUCAGGUGUGCUCACCAAUAUUUCCCAAGCUGGUGCGGUCGGGGGCCUACUGCUCGGUCCCGGCAGGAGAAUUGAUGCCGGCUCGCUCGCAGAACAGCCUGCGGCUAUAGACUCUCACGUUGAACCAGGCUCGAAUUGGACUCAGCCGCUCUACGCAUGCGUAUCAGCUAUCAAAGCGUCUGUCAAGAAGGUUCGCUUCAGCACGAAUGGCACAACCAUACAUGGCCGCCUCAGCGACAUCCAGGUCGAGUCCAUCAUCGCCUCCGACAUGCCUGUGACAUGGGGCGUAGAGAACUCUGGGCGGACUGCGUCCUGGAUCCAGCCAUUGUGGGGCAUUGUGAGUCCGGACGCAAGCCAGACCCACGACGUAUUCACUCUACAGCGGCCGGAAUUAUACCUACCCACAGGCUCAGACAGUGUCUUUUUCACUGAGUUUGAACGCGGUGGUGACGCCGCUGCUGGUGCAAAGGCACCAUUCCAAGCCCUGGGUACUAUCUACUCAUUCGACUUCCCAGACUCAUUCCCAACAUUGACGGGGUACGCGAACUGGCCAAUCGCCCAGAAGUGGGCUCAACUCAGCAGAAACGCUUCUUCUGUCGGCGACAUCAUUAACCUGCUCUGGGUCGAGCUCAUGGCCAAUGCUGUGGUCGGCACAAAAAGUGUGCUCUCCCAGCCGGACGGCCCUGAUCUGGAAAUGGUCACUAUGCCUGCAUGGUACUACGAGCGCAGCCUUGCCUACGACUGGAUCUACGCUAUACCAGCUCUGAUCUUCGCAACUAUUUAUCUGGCCGCAUUGAUCUUGUCUCUGGUCUUGGCAAUUCCGAAGCGCUUGAGCUUUGACGAUAUUCGCUUCAUGCUCAAUCAGAGUGCUGCUGUCAGGACUAUGACUACGGAGCGCUUCAAAAACGAUGGCGACAGAGCUCGAGCUAAGACUAAGAAAUGGGUUGAAGAGCUUGGUGAUGAAAUCGUCCAGUUGCCAGCACAGCUCAAGGAUGCGGCUGCGAAGCAAGAGCAGAGUCUGCUGUCGCCGACCGUUGCUGCAUAG